CAACAACUCCGUAAAUAAAUAAAAAUGGCUCCUUGUCUAGAGUCCGAGUUUGAAAAGCAGGCCCAAGCCGGAGUGUGGUAUUAUUGGCAUACGGCACAUGGCACGUGAGAGAGAGAAGCGUGUGAAGAGAAAAGCCGAAGCAGGCGUAACUUUUUUCUUUUUCUGUUUGUUAUUAUCAAUUUCGUGUUUUCUCUCUUCUUCUUGUUACAAGAGAGAGAUUCAAGGAUCUGGUGCCCCUUCUUCCUUCCCCUUGUGUUGUGUUGUUGGGACCAAUUCUUUAAUCAGCGAGAGAGAGGGGGCGCAAUAGUAGCCUUUAGCUUCUUUAUUAUUAUUGUUUAGGGAUGAGUGAGGUGAAUGAAUGAGAACAAAAACUCCGCCAUCGCUCUUGUCUCUCACCAUUGACUCUGCCGUCCUUAAUCUCCCCGACAUCUCCGAUCUCUCCCAUAUCCCUGAUCACAUCCUCCUCGACCUCUUUUUGAGAAUAUUGAAGGCUGGGAAGCUGACUGAGAAAGUUCUGAGACUUUUUAUAGCAACUGGUAAGGAUGAAGUCCUCUCAUUUGUUCAGGCACUCAAUAUCCAACAUAUUUUGACCCCUGUGCUUCCUACCAGGUGUUCUGAGGCAAAACCAGACUAUUAGUUUGUGGGAUAGUCUGUAUUCUGUACCUUGCAAGAUGUCUCAAGCAGUUAUCAACGAAAAUGAAGUGGACAUUGUGAUUGGUGCACUGCACUCUGAUCUUACAACUUUUAUGAAUGAAUGGAAGCCAAUUUUCUCCUGUUUUCACCUGAUAAUAAUAAAAGAUCCUGAUCUCAAGGAGGAACUCCGAAUUCCUGAAGGGUUCAGUGUGGAUGUGUAUACAAAGUCUGAGAUUGAGCGAGUGGUGGGUUCUUCCACUUCUGUUCGCUUCUCUGGCUACUCUUGUAGAUAUUUUGGCUUCCUAAUUUCACGGAAAAAGUAUGUUGUCUGCAUUGAUGAUGAUUGUGUUCCUGCAAAAGAUAAUUUAGGGAUACUGGUGGAUGCUGUGGCUCAGCAUAUUGUGAACCUUCAGACUCCUGCCACCCCUUUCUUCUUUAAUACUCUGUAUGAUCCAUUCUGUAAGGGUGCAGAUUUUGUUCGCGGGUACCCAUUCAGCCUGCGAAGUGGGGUUGAUUGUGCUCUGUCAUGUGGGUUAUGGCUCAAUCUGGCCGACCUUGAUGCUCCAACACAAGCUCUCAAGCCUGGACAGAGGAAUUUGCGAUAUGUUGAUGCAGUUGUGACUGUUCCUUCGAGAGCCAUGGUGCCUGUGAGUGGAAUCAACAUUGCCUUUAACCGUGAAGUUGUUGGUCCAGCAUUAGUCCCAGCUUUGAGGCUUGCAGGGGAAGGGAAAUUGAGGUGGGAAACUAUGGAAGAUAUAUGGAGUGGAAUGUGUGUGAAAGUUAUAUGUGAUCACCUAGGUCUUGGUGUGAAAAGUGGGUUACCUUAUGUUUGGAGAACAGAAAGGGGUGAUGCGAUACAAAGCUUGAAGAAAGAAUGGGAAGGGGUGAAAUUGAUGGAGGAUGUUGUUCCUUUCUUUCAGUCAUUAAGGUUACCUCAAUCAGCAACUACAGCAGAGGAUUGCGUGGUCGAGAUGGCCAAAACAGUGAAGGAGCAACUGGGGAAGGUUGAUCCUAUGUUUUCGGCGGCUGCUGAAGCCAUGGAAGAGUGGGUCAAGCUCUGGAAGUCAGUUAGAUCUGUUUGAAGCUCCCGAACUUGAGGACUCUCGUAGGAGUGGAGGUUAUUGCCUUAUUGGCUUCUAUAUUUCUUUAUUUUAUUUAACUAAUUUAUAUCUGCCUUUUUUUUCAGUUUGUAGUGAACUAAGCUUACAUUUUACCUGACACAGUUAGACUAAAGGCUGAAUAAAAUGAGUACUUAUUGGCUUUGUGACAAUUGAAUAAAUGCUUUGUCUUGCUUUGUCAAUAAUUGGUCUUUGAACAGAA